CCCAUUGCUCUUAAAACUCAUUUCCCUGCUUCUCGUGGUUUCCUUGCAUCCCUCCGGUCCCUCAAUGCUUCCCUGGUGGGAGGGACUAGUCACAGGGAAACGACGCAAGUGAGGGAAGCAAGGAUUCCAUUUAACCGAAGUGAGAAGAGCCCUGGCUCGACUGCGUUUUCCCAAGUGGAGGCUGGCUUGACCGCAGUCAGUUUUUCCAUUCUCCCUUUAAGAGCUGACAGUAGCUCUGCUCAGAUGGCGUAGGAUGACCGUGCUAUGAUUACAUCCAGGAUGUUACUCACAUGAUCGACGGACAAAUAUUGUGUUAACUUUAACGGGAAUCUAUGGAGGCGUCAUAAUGCACGGUGUUUCUCCAGCAGUGUCAGUAUUCUUAUCGGUGUUUACGUUGAUUCAGAGCCCAGUCGAAGCGCUUCAGGUGAUUGGAGGAAACGUCACCGUUGUGCAAGGAGGGACUGCCAACUUUCCCUGCCAACUUAUCGGCGCUACGGAAACACUCAGCCAAAUUUCCUGGCAGAAGAAGACCAGAGAAAAACCUCAGAACUAUAACUUCCUUACAAUUUUGAAGACAGGACCAAAUUAUUUCAAUGGACAUGAUGACCGUUUUACAUUUAUUGGGGACUUAAAAGCCAAGAAUGGAUCCCUGCAGUUAUUUGGAGUCACAUUGAUGGACGAAGGCACCUACACCUGCAUCUUCACGCUGUUUCCCAGCGGAAUUCACAAGACUGAGAUACCUCUAAAUUUGCUUGUGCCUCCGGUGAUAAUCCUGAAGGAUGAUCAUCCUAUUUUGGGUAAUGAAGAGGUUUCUCUUGUUACCUGCACGGCUGUUGGUUCAAAGCCUCCUGCAGAAAUAAGCUGGCUCACUGGUGCUCUGGCAGGAAAAGUGAGAGAAUCAACCACCUCCACCCUGAACGCUAACAGUACUACAACCACAAUCAGCUCGGUGCUUGGAGUACCUACCAGAGAAUUAGACGGUCAAUUGGUCAAGUGUGUUGUCACCAGUGCAGCCAUGAUGAAUGAAGAAACCCUACCCAUCACCAUACAGCUCUACUUUCCACCGAUGGAAGUGACCAUUCUUGAGAAUUCUGAAGGCUCCUUUAUAUGUGAGGCUGAAGCAAAUCCACCUGCAAACAUCACCUGGAGCAGAAUCGACCUCCCGUGGCCUCAGUCUGCUGUCAGAGAGGGUGCAGUGCUACGGCUCAAGGAAAUGACCCCUGACCUUAAUGGCCUCUACCAGUGUGAAGCAUCUAACCAACAUGGAAGUAAACAACAACAGCUCUGUGUGUAUGUGGCUUCAGGAAACUGCACUGCUUGUCGGGUCUUAUUCAGCCUUUUCUUCAUCCUGAUUGUCGCUGCUGUGGCUGCAGCAGGGUACCUUUACAAAUCUGGAAGGAUUCAAUGGAGCAGAGACAGGCAGCCGGUCUCAACGAAUUCACCUGAAGAGGAGCAAGUUUUAUAAGAAUCCAGUCAAUAAAGUAUGUAUAAUAGGGAGCUUCCUGAAGUCCAUGGGAGUAGCAGGGUGGAGUGCAGAUGGACUCUCCUCGGCAUGUUUCCCUCCUGACUCAGCUGUUAGAGCAGGUGCUGCUGUCCAGGUGCUUUGUAUUGUAAUGUCCUAUGAUAACAGCCUUUACAAUUAUAUUUGGUUUAUUUCUAAACAAAUAGAUGAAGUUUUUCCCAAAAGAAGAAGUGACAUGGGGAAUGUAUUUAGUGAAAGUAUUUUUCAAGCUAAAAAGUGGAAGCUUCAAUGAAUGUUUACUGUCUAUGGCUGACUGAAAUGGAAAGUUUGCAUGACCGAUUAACGCGAGCAUCUUGCAUCAGUGUUACCUGAGAACUGGCUUUAAUCUUGAUAGGCUGCACUAUCAGUAAUUGCUGUAACUGCCACGAUACUUCCCUUCUGGUUUUCUCCCCGUUACGCCCCUCUCUAGGGGUAGAGAGAAACAACAUACACCAGUGUGGAAUUGGUAUAAUUAUAGGUAUUUAUUUAUAUAUAAUAGUGGUAACAAAAUAAUAAAGGCAUACAGCCUGGCACAAAGUACAAAGGGCCAAAAUACCGGUUGACAACAACCAACAGAAAGAGAACUCCAAAAGAGAGUCUAAGAUUAUACAAAGUAUUGAAUAGUACACAAAAAGGGAAACAAAAAGCUAACUUUUAACGUGGUAUUAAUUAAUAACUGCAAAGGCUGUAGGAAACACAGCUGCUACUAAUCGACAAACGCUAACAGCUAAGCUACCCUGGAUACUACACAUAGCUUUCACAAUCUACAGUGGCUCUCAGUUGAUAUACAAAGAAUGAAGGCUCUCUACGGGCAGAGUUUGUUGCAUCUGUUCUGGGCCACUGUAGAGAAAUGACGGACUCAUAAGAGGCUCAUUCUAGGCAAACAAAAAACAGUUCUUAAUUUCAGGUUACACCAAUGAGAACUUGGAUACUAUAAUCAAUUUCUCCUAUUGGAUCCCCCUUAAUCCUUCACACUGUUCGUUUCACUGUUGCUCAAAGCAGAGGAUUGUAAAGAGUGUUUACAACCACACAAGAUACAACCUAACAGGCCAAACAAAAUAUUGCUGAGAAAUUUCAAUACUAUUUCUUGAUUUAUUUAAAAUGUUUUACUAAGCUGGACUUGAUGUGUUGUUUUUGUGUUUACAAUGUUGCCAGAUAACUGACAGACCAAUCUUUCCUCACACACAGUGUAUUUAAUGAUGCGUUUUCCUUAUACCAAAUGCGUACAGUAUGUAAGAGAAUACCGUCAGUGUUGAGAUGUUACAAAAGAACAUGUUCCUUUCUAAACCCCUGAUUUUAUUUGAACCAACGCCUAGCGUAAACAUUUUAUUUAUCUGCUCAAGAUCGAUUGGAUCAAUGCUCUGAAGCCGCUAUCACAUUAAACACAGCCUUAUCUGUGAGCUGCUGAACUUCUAAGCACCAUCACAUUUCAUGGAAUUGUUGACUACUACGAUUAUCUACUGAGUGCUAAAACAUUUGCUCUGCUUUGAAACUGUCGCUCUGACAAUGUUUUAGUUGUGUUUAAGUCAGCCAAGCUCUUUGUUAUCUUUGAAUAGGUGUAUAGCAUCCUCCAAUGUUAUGGGUAAACAAGCUUAAAACAGAAAGACCCCAAAGUCAGCAAAAAAGGAAUGAAUGAUGUUUUAAGUUCAGUGAAGGUCAAAAUGAAGAGCUGACUUGCGAAAACCGUAGAAAAAUAUUAUUAUAUUAUUUAUAAAGUUGGACUGCAUCUUCAUCUCCUAAAUAUAUUUGAUAAUUAUCAGUUAAACAAAGUAUAAAGUGUUUGAUUGGCUCUUAGUGAAAUCAUUAAAGCCAUCAUGUUGGCAUACAUCAUAAUGGGAGGUUACUUGGGUUGUACAGGUUAUGUUAAGUUUAAAAAAAAAAAAUUCCUUAGUUAAGAUUUUAAAAGUUACAAAAUUCCUUUACAUAAAAGUAGUCCAAGGGACAUACAUGAACCGGCCUCUGAUUUAUCCUCCGUCUUGUUCUCCAUCUUAAAAUGAUAACCUUUGGCCUACAUCCUGUGUGCAGCGGAUGUAGCGAUAUCUUAUUGUUCUAUUAAUACCUAUCUGUUACAAACAUAGAAAGUCCUUAAGGCUUCAUCUCCUGGGGAUUUUUUAAUAUCUAUGCCAAUGUUAUUUGUAUUUAAAUUAAUCAAAUAGCUGUCCACACAUUUCACACAAUACCAAGCUCAUGGUAUUUCUCACACUCGAGUGACAAAAAAAACAUUCCUAGAUUUCAUUUUAGACUAGUUUUCGUCCUUAGAUUAAUAGUCCACGAUUUUACUCAUGUUUAGUUAAAUAUAUCCUUCUUCGUUGUAGUUACACGUGUGUUUUUAAUAUGUUUAUCCUGAGUGUCUGGGUUAUGGGUUAUUUAGAUUGUUCCUUAUUCCCCAAAUUCUGCUACACAGCGCUUAUUUUGACAGACAUUUUUUUAUUUGUUUUGGAGGGGAGGAACAAUAAAUCCGAUCUACUUAAUUCCCCCUAUUUCUUGCACACAUAUUCACUCUUAUUUCAAUUGAAAAUGUAAAUUAUUCGUGCGUAAAUCAAAAAUGUUUUGUAUUUUGUAAGAAAUACAUCUGAACCGUGUCAAAGACAUUAAAAUACGGAAACCUUUAUUAAAUAAAAAUAUGAAGUAUAUAAUUAAGCCACUAAAUGAAUGCACUCUGCCCGCCAUUAGUAUGAGCGUAAACUAUAGCUAUGUUCGUUGGUCAAGUUAUUUAUGAUGAUCGAUAUGUUCAUUAUGAGAAGUUUUGUUUUGGGGGUGGGGGUGGGGGGUUGCAGUAUCGUGUCUGCAAAUACAAGUAUAAUUUUGGUGUACUAAGGCAGCUAUUUCCCUUUUCCUUCUCAUUAUAGAAUAUCGGCUUUACGUUUUAUGCAGAUUUUACUAUUUCAGUUGCUGUUUGUGAUUCACAUUCCUUUAAUAUUUUUAGAUUUGUUUGUUAUUGUGCAGUAACAUUAGAAGUAGUUAAUAAAAGUGUUGGAUCCAAAUAUUUUGAUCAUUUGCUGUUUACCAUUAUCUGUUUUGCGUUAAGUCAAUGUUCAGAGUGUCAUAUACUUUUCUUUCAACCUGUAUGGAAAUAAACUUUACAAAUCCC